CAUAAAUCAUAUGUUGGCAUCAAUAUUAUAAAAUAUAACUAGAUAGUGAAUUCUUAAAUUAUUCUGCUAUGGUUUAUGCAAUUUUUACUCAGGGCUAUGGUAAAAUAAAUGCAACAGGUGCUAUGAAACCGGCACGUUUUUGCCCAAGUGUUUAUUUUCGUUCGGAAAAUUGGAAAGUUCGAUUUGAAAGUGUUUAGCAUUGCGAUUCUACUUCUACUUGUUAUUUUAAGUUUAUCAUAUUCAGCAACAGCUGUAACUAAUGCAACUACGGAAAAGCGUUCUUUGGUCAGAUUAAAAGAGAUCUCUGCCCAUGGCGAGGUAAAACUUGGAGAAUUAAAACAUCAUGUGUUUAUUUUUCGGUUAUCUAACAAGUGGAAUCUGUGGUACCGGGCCUUCUGUGCUGGGAGUAUUAUAACUCACGUGAGGGUUCUAACAUCGGCGCACUGUUUCCUUACUAAUAGAAAAAGGAGAAAAUAUAAUUUUGACGAUAUUAGAGUUGUAGCGGGAAUUUUACACGUGCAAGCUCCGCAGCUAAUGUACGACGACGAUGUCCAGCAGUGGCGAAUGAUCGAUCAUCUCUACACGCAAAAGCUGUUUAGGUUCCCAGCUUACAACUUGGCAAUUGUUAGAGUAAAAACGCCAUGGAUAUUUAACCAAUUUGUUAACAAAAUACCAUACGCUACAUUAGAUCAAGAUUUUGAUGGCGUUUGCAUUGGCACCGCAGUGAAGACUACUAAGAGCUGGUCCAGAGACAGGUAUCUUUACGCAGCCAAUUUCUACUUGACCCAGAGACGAAAGUGUGAACGUCAAUUGCUGAGAAGUUGUCUGUUAUAUUAUUGCACGGACUAUGAUGUUUCAAUGUCUUCAUCCACAGAAAUAGAAGGUGGUGGUCUUAUAUGCCACGGCACAGGGGAUCCGGCAGAAGACGAAAAGCUGGGUCUUCUAGUCGGAGUAUCAUCUCUCAUCAACAUUGGUCUUCCCUCCCUGCACAAUCGCGUCGGACUGUUCCACAAAUGGAUAACAGAUGACUGCUAUGAAGCUGCUAUUAUUAAUAUUUACCUGCUUUUUGCUUGUAUUGUGAUUUGUAUGGUCCAUAAUAUUGUGUAGUGUUAAUAUAGUUUGUACAUUAAAAUAUUAUAAAAUU